AUCUCGAUUGUUUCAACAGAUGUUUUCUUUGUUGGGGAAAUAGAAUCCUGGAUCUUCAAGUACAGUCUUAGUGUCAGUGCCGAUCCUCCCCGACGGCUGAGCAGGGAAACGGGUCUAGUGUGGCUGGGAGGUAUUCCUAAGGAUUUGAAGAGUCUAACAAAGUUAGUGUUAACUGGAAGGUCUGAACAAAUGGCUGGCUUGAUGGCUAAAAUGGCAACAUGGUGGAGGAAGGAGGGGUUUUGAAAGUAUUUUAGAAGGGCUUUAUGGACCAAGGCUACGAAGAGACCUCAGUUUAUUUGAAGACUGUGAACCAGAAGAGCUAACUGACUGGUCUAUGGAUGAGAAAUGUUCCUUUUGUAAUUUACACAAAGAAACAGCCAGUGAUCGUGCAUCAGUUUUCGGUUCUUCACAGUCAACGCCUACAGAGGAACUGUCAUCUCAGGGCCAGUCCAACACUGAUAAGAUUGAAUGCCAAGCAGAAAACUAUCUAAAUGCACUCUUUCGAAAGAAAGAUCUUCCUCAGAACUGUGAUCCUAACAUUCCCCUAGUUGCUCAGGAAUUAAUGAAAAAAAUGAUCCGUCAGUUUGCGAUUGAGUACAUUUCAAAAAGUAGCAAAAUUCAAGAGAACAGAAAUGGUUCAUCAUUUGAACCAAGUCUGAUGUGUAAAAGUAUCCAAAUGAACCAAACGGAAAACUCCCUUCAGGAAGAACAGGAUAGCCCUCUAGACCUCACUGUGAAUCGAACUCAAGAACAGAAUACUCAGCAAGGGGAUGGAGUGCUAGAUCUCUCUACAAAGAAAAGCGCGAGGUUGGAAGAACCAAAAUGCGAUCCCUUGUGUUCUGAAAACUCAGUGUCUGGUUCAAGCUCAACAGCUGAUGCAAAUUCAGAGGAAACAGCUAAUUUGGAAAAAGGAAAAUCAACAUUAAACAAAGUUUUGGAGUCUUUUUGUUCAUAUCACUGGCAACAGACUUUGGCUAUGUUAAAAUUCCUAAUACAGGAUGAAAAUAUUCCUAUAGUUUGCAGUUGCAAGCAAACACAUUUGGUUCACUCUGAAACUGCCAGUUCCCUUACUGAAGAGGAUGCUCACAGUCCAUUUUGCAGUUGCAAUGGACACAUGCUGACAAAAAGGUGCUGUUUACAAAAUCAAAGACCAAACACUUGUUUACCACCUCUGUCUGUUUGUAUUAAAGAUUUCCAUUCUUUGUCAUGCCAAGCUGUAGCAAUUGGAUGUAUUAAGACAAUGGUGAACAAAGCAUGUAGUUCUCCUAAGUAUUGUGCUGACCAAUUGCAAAAUUGUAACAGGCAUUCUGUGAAAGCAGCAGCAUGUACAUAUUCAGCUAAGGACUCUGACCUCUUAAGCAGCAUUAAAAACUCAAACAGAUCCCGCAGCCCAUCGCCCCCUCCACUGUCACCUGUACACAGUAAAGAAUUUGAAUUGGCAGAAGGAAUGGUUAUGGAUUUUCCAACUUUAGACAACAACAAGCUUGAAAUAUCCAUCAACCAGCCUCCAUCCCUCUUGCCAGCUGAAGGAUGCAAGGGAGAACUUGAGUAUGAGGGUAAAACGUGCGAAGGAAAGGAGAUGGAUUAUUCAGAUGGAGCACUGGUAUCAGCAGACCAAGAAAGCAAUGAUGGCUGUAUGAACUCUGAGAAAGGUGAACAUUCUGCCAUUUUUCAAGAUUUAAUGGACCGCAUUAAUGAGAAGUUGAAAUCAAUAGACACUACAGAUCUAGCAACAAAUCUUGUAAAACUUUCUAGCAGUGACAGGGCACCAGAAAAUGAUGUCAAAUUAGGAGACUUCAUAACUUCUCUUUUGCAUAAUGCUAAGGCAAGUGAUUACAGCUUUAUGGAAUUACUUCGCCAACAUGAUAAACAAGUGGAAAAUAAAAUUAUCCAAACAAGAUUUCGCAAGCGUCAGGAAACUCUGUUUGCAACGUAUAAUUCUCCUGAUUCACCAGUCAUUCGACGACAGUCUUUGCAAAUCAAGAGGGAGCUUGCAAGCCUUGAUGAAACUGUUGUAAGAAAAAGGUCAAUUUCUGAGAGAAAUGCAAAGAAAUCUACAAAAAAAUUUGAGAAAAUGCAUCCAAAUAAACUACAUAGUUUUACUCUGAUAGAAGGUGAGACUUUGCAACAUCUUGAAAGUAAUCCAUGUAUGAAUUGCCAAACCAAACCUAUGUGCUUUCCAGUACACCAAACAGAGUCUUUCAAACUACCUCUUACUAAUUUUCAGACCAGCUCCAGCUUUUUAGUUCUUUCAGAAAACAGUGCUAUUGCAGCCAGCCAGGCAAAACUCCCAAAUACACAAGGAGAUUGUGCAACCUUAAAAGAGACUGGUCAGAUUCCUCUGAAGGAUGAGAGUAAUGAGAUCUUGAGUAGAACUAAACGUAACAUUGUGCCUCCUGGGUGGUACUCUGUGUAUGUGACAAACAAUAUCAUGUUUAGAAAGUCAUCCAGUACAAAAAAGUCUUUGAAGAGUUUGGAAAAAAUGAAAAUAAAUAAAAAUGUUUAUGCUGAAAGAUGCAGUGACAUAAAUAUAAGCAAAAUAGUGAGAGACACAAAUCUGCAAGUUGUUGUGGAGCGUUUAGAAGAUACAAUAAACUUAGCCAGAAAGACUAGCGACUCAUUUUUGGAUAGUUACAAAAUAAGCCAAAAAUUAAAAGAUAAUGCUUAUGAGCAGGUUAUGAACCCAGCUCCUAGAAGGGGCUUACCUUUCACUCUGAAUGAAAUGGGAUGCAUGGGACAAAGCUUCCUUCCACAUUCACAUGUGCCAAACAGCAGUAAAAUCAAAGCAAUUUGUGUUGCAUCAAACACACAAGAAACUGUUAUAGAUCAAGAAAUUAAUGACAGCCUUUUGGGAUCUCUGACCUUUAAUUCAAGCAGUUCAGCUUCCAGUAAUGGGGACUUGCAUGUACCAUCUGAAGCCGGGGAGAUCUCAUCUCCCUUAAACUACUCCAGUCCUAUUAAGCUUAUGUUUGUCUCAGAAGUUAACAGUCAUGAAGGAGUCAAAUACACUUUGACAUCUGCAGCUGCAUCUUCUAAAGGAAGCACAGACCUUUCUUUGUUUCAGGGGCAUGCAGACACUUUGUUAGAUAAUCGGGCCACAGGUGACCUUUGUCAUACAGUCUGUGUCAAGGGUUGUGAUUGCAGUGAAAAUGAUACUAAGGAGGGGUCAAGCUGUGUUUAUGCAGAAGCAGUUACAAGCUCUUGUCCAGUUGGUCAAAUUAACAUGAAUGACUCAAAAAAAAAAGAUGAAGUUGUGGAGAAAUCAAGCAGUAGCAGUGAAUCAGUUUUCAAAAGAAAACCUGGUAGACCAAAGAAAAUAGGUCCUCAAGUAGUUAAGCAGGUUAAGAGACCUAUUGGACGGCCUCCUAAACCAAAAGUAGAUGGGAGUGGAAGCACAAAACCUAGACCUGAACUUAGCUGUGGUGGUAAAAGUGUCAAGUCUGAUGCAGCAGCAAUGGAAGAAGUUAACAGCAACAAAAAUAUUACUGUGACAGUUGUUUUUGGAAGGUCAAGAAGAACUAAGAGACAUGUUUCUGAAGGUAAUCUAAAUCUCAUCAGCAUUCUGCCCACACAACAUAUUGAUUCUAAUUUUGCCAAUGAUCCCAGCAGAGCAAGGCACAAUGCAGAAACUGGAAAUGCUUUGACUGAAAUGGUAAAAGCCUUCCAGAAUCCUUCUACUGAAAUGGAGGUCUCUGGUUAUGACUAUGUCCGGCCUAUCAAGAGUAAUCUGGCGUCACCACAUCCUUGCAGCAAUGUCAUCCGGCAGAUUAAGAAACCAUUGACCACCGUUCGAAAACCUGGCAGGCCAGCAAAAGUAAAAAUUUCCGGCAUAUCAGUGACUGUCAGCAGACUUUCACCUCAGGAAAGAAAAGUGAGCAUCAGCAACGGUUUGCCUCCUUUACAGCAGCAGAAUGUGCUAGAAAAAAACAUAUCACAGGAAAGAAAAAAUCAACUGUGCAAUAAUAUGGGUCAAGUAAAGAACAUGCAGAAAGAUUCUAGAGAGGACGGACCACACAAUGUUACCACAACAGUGUCAAGAAAACGUGAAAUUCCAUCCAGACACUCUGCUAGAGACAGAAAACCUUCACUGCAUUUUUUGCAUUCAUUAGCAUCUUCUAGUGCAUUUACUUGUAGAAGUGCCUUACUACAUAAAUCUUAUAAACUCCAUUUGAAAAAAGCUAAAGGGCGAAAGGAAAAACUCAAACAAUCAAAUCAGAGCACAGCAUCCAAAGAUACCUCAGAACUGAGAAAUUCAGAAAAUGCUAAAAAGGAUCUUAAGGAUGGUGAAUUUGGGCCCAUUAAUGAAGUAUCAUUGGAUCCCAUUUUUUCAUCAAAUCCCUCUCUCAGGUGGUGGCCUACUUCCACUUCAAGUGACACCUUGUUGGAAGAACUAAACAAUAGGUUUGAACAGAUGACUAAUACCUGGUUGAGAGUGGGGGGAAGUGAGUUUGAUAAAUGUGUAUGUGAAAAAAGGGAUCCCAUUGAACAAGAUUGCAAUACUGAAAUGUCAGACCCUCUAGACUCCUGCCUUGUAGAACUUGAAACUUCACCUGUAAAAAUGCUUUUCCAGAAAAAGUGUAAUAUGAAUGAGCUCUGCACCUGGUUUAUGCAAACUACAGAAACACAGUCUCUCUCUCUUGUGAGAAAGGCAAACGCUCGCAAUCCCUUAGAAGUAGUUAGCACUAGAGAGGUAAAGAUGGAAACGAAACAGUCUGAUCCUAGCACUUGCCCUUUCAGAAAGCACUUUAAAAAGUUUGCACUAUCGUCCCCUUCAAAACCAGCAGGGAAAUUGCAAAUAUUACAUAACAUGGUGAGGUCUCCAGUCUUAAGCAUGAAAAGUAAUUUCACUUUAGCCAGAUUAAGAAGAAACGAAUUUAAGAAGUUGCAGCAUGAUAGGUGGGGACAAACAAAAAAGCUCUAUAAUCAGGCUUCUGGAGGCUGGAAAUCAAAAAAGAAAAAUCUGCAGUUAUUUUGCCAAAGCCAGUUGUUUAAAAGUACAAGUGGGGAAACCAGUGAUGAAACACCCAAGCUGCAGGAGAAAAAUAAAGUGGAAAUCCAGCCCACUCAGACUUUAGUAGAGUCUCAGAAUAGCCUCUUGCCAACUGAAAAUGAAGCCAGAGAUGCAUUUGUUCAACAGAUGAUGGGAUCUUCUGACUUUAACCCACAUCCUGGUUUAACAAAUAUAUUUAAGUCACAUUCAGAGGCAAAUGGAACAAUUCGUUGCCAGCAAAAUGUUAGAAAAGAACAAAGCCAAGAUAAACUGUUUCAAAAUACUUGGAAAGCCAAAACCUUUAAAGACUGUAGGAUAUUUCUGAGAAAAAUCAACCAUAUUGAGCAGCACAAUUCAUGUAAGUUAAACAAUGUCAUUUAUUCUCCUGAAGCUGUUGACAGUAGAAGCACUCAUGCCUAUAUGGAAGAAAAAAGACAUCCUCUUUUAAGGUCCCAUUCUACUAAACAAAAUACAUUAAAGAAACAAGAAUAUGAAGUGGAAACAUCUAAAGGAUCUAAUUCUUCUAAAGUGACUGAAAAGCUAGAUGGCCCAUGUCACGGCAGAAAAUUAAGUAGCAGUGUAAACCAGGAUGAUAAUCCUUCUGGUAGUUCUGAAGGUCUUACUAGAAUAAACAAAAGAAAAAGUCCACAAUGGGAGACCACUGAUACAAAUUUAAGAAAAAGGCAUAAGAGACAAUCAUGCAGUAGUGGACAAAUGGCACCUUAUUACCCAAAGUACCAAGUAGGUUAUGUGCUGUCAUCACUAGUAAAUUACACCCUAAUUUUAUGACUGCUUCAUGUCCACUUCAGUGACAGCUUACAUGAAUAUUUUAUAUCCUUGUUCUUGAAGAACCCGUGCCUUCUGUGGACUGCUAAAGAGUGUAAUAUCACAAAACAUUCUUGUCAAAAAGAUCACUGUUCUACAUAACUUUCUCAGUCAAGCUGCUUUAAAUAAUUAAAACUUAAAAAGGGGGAAGGAAUGUUGUUGCUAUUUAAACUUGUCAACAUAUAUUCAAGUCUGCCCUGUAUUUUGGGGAGCCAUUAGAAAGGAGCUUUGUACUUCCAUGGCUGUGCAAGCCUGAUUAAUUUAUUUUUAAAAUGAGUUUUUGUUCCCAAAUUCUUCAAUGAAAUUGCAAUUUAAAACCUUUUAUAUUGCCUAUGAAGUGUUGUGUGUCAUUUUCUGAGGCUGACUGGUUUUGGGGAGAAAGCUACCUUAUUUUUCUAACUGCACUCUGAAACUGUUGCCAUCCAUUCCACUUUGCUAAAUGUUUACAUGAAAAUGUAACACCUGCUCUCAGGUGUUGCUGUUGUGCUGUGGCCUUUGAAGAUGAAGUACUAAUGAUUAGUACUGCUACAUAAUUUUAUCUCUGUGCAAGUUGAAUUUGAAGCUUGAACAAUUUGGGGUUAUCUCAAUACAUAGAUUCAGAAGAAACGCUUCCAGUAAGUAGUGCUCUUUCCCUGACAGGCCAAGAGUGCUCACGAAUUCCUACCUGCCUCUUCUAGCUAUCUUUCUCAUAUAUUUUGUAUUAAUUUCAUACUUUAAUUUUAAUUUAAUUAUUUUUUUAUUUUUGUAUUAAUUCAUGCUUCCUUUUUUUUCACCCUCAAACUGAGAAAACAACUCUGAGAUAGUCUCAAUAGCAAAAUAAACUUUCCACCAUCAUUUCAGCCUGGGAUUAUGGCUGGUUCUGACUUCUCACCCUGUCUCUUUAUCUCCAUUCAGUUCACCUCUUGUCUUGGUAUUUUGUACUGUUCUAUUUGUCUUAGCACUCCAGCCUUGCUAAACUCGACUCUUACAGCUAACUUUUAAGACACCCUGAAUAUUGCUCAUCUCCCCAUCUUGCUUUGAUUGAUUUCCAGGGCAUUUCUUUCUCUCUCUGAUUCUCAAAUGUGAUUCCAUCCAUAUAGCUGAAAUGUUAUUUCAUAUUACAAUGAGAAUCCAGUUGGUAAAUGGAAAUGAGAAAUUAAAAAUUUUCUUUGUAGAUUUCUUUGCUGCUGGGUUUUGCCAUUGUGGGAAAAAUUAGUUUAAAUUUUAGAGACAGUCGGACUGUGCAUGCUUGGUUUGCUGUCUUUUCAAUAUAUAUUACAUUAACAAAUCAAUCUCUGUUGGAAAUCAUACCGAGGCUACUGUAGUCAUUGUAGAUUUUAACCUAGUGUAUUCCACUAGUUCCUUUUUUGAGAAAUCAUUUGAGUAGAAUUUGUACAGAGAACUUUUUUGUUGUUUUUUAUUCUGCUUAAGUUUUACUGUUUCUACUCAGUGUUUUUGAAACCCUUCUGUAAAAGCCUCGAGUCCGUGCUGUGUGUCACAGAUGCUCUUAUGCUUUCCAAGCUACCAGUCUGCAAUCACUGCUGGCAGUGUUUAACAAGUGCAAGUUUGCAGAAUUUCUGUCAGACAGGGGAUAAGAGCCAGUUUGACCUUGCUUCCAAAUAGUGGGGAAGGAGUUGUUUUCACCUGUAGGUGUUGCAGAAGACUUAGAGAAACACAGCCCUACAGUGAUAUGUUCAUAGCUGCUUUACAGCACACAAGCACACAACAUUGAUGGCAGUCUCUGAUGGGAAAUGCUGAGGACUGACCUAACAGAUAAGAGACAUUUUCACCCAUUCCAACUUUUUCUUUUUCCUACUUUUUUUCAACAUGUUGUGACAGAUUAACUCAGCAAAUAUAUGGACUUGAGCUAGCCAGAUUUUUUUAAACUUUAUCAUUUUCGUACAACAACAACAGGUGUCAAAUAUCCUGUUUUUCCAGAAGAAUGUGGCUCCAAACUGGAGAGAAAAUAAGCAAUUCAAAUAUUAUUUUUCUUUUGUGCUUGGCAGCCACAACUUUUCUGGUAUUGUUCUCCCAUCCUGCUAUUAAAAAUCAGUAUUUCUAAUAGUGUAAUGAUGAUUUGGGUAAAACUAAAGAAAGAAAUGUGAAUUUUUUUUUUUUUAAUUGUAUUCAGGCAGUUUUAACAGGAAGUAUGGAAAACAACAAGAUUUUCUUUAGCACUUAGGGGCAUGGGGAGGCCACUCAUUGCUUACUUUUGUAGAAGUAAGAAUUGAAACCUUUCUAUUCCUUUCUAUUUAAUGAUAAGGGGAAAAUCUGGGGGGGCAAGAUGAUGCCUUUAGGCCCCAGCAGGUGUGGAAACUUAACUACACACAGGGCUCUCUGCUUAGCCAAGGAGACCAGAGAGGACCUGAGAGUCCAUUGAUGUUACUCUGAUCUGCCUGCUGAGUUAGAAUAAUGCAGGGGUGAUUUGUUAGAAAAACACAGGCAAUCCAUCCUUUCUGCAGUGCUGUUGAAAGAUGGCAAAUUCAGAGGUGAUUCGGUAAUGGUGAUAGGGGAGCUGGGAGUUACAGCACACACAAAACCAUCCUGAGGUCCUCACUGACUGUUCCAGAGCCACUGGUUUGGUGUGGGGCAGCUUCCAAAGAAAGCCCAGAGCACGUGAGGGCAUUGCCAGCUUGCACUGAGCCAGCAGUGUGUCCUGUCAUCCUGCACAGCGUGCUGUGCCUGUCCUCAGUGCCCUGCCUGCCACCCCUCUGUGCUCCACAUGGCUCUGGGGAAGAGUCAGACCCCUCUGAGACUCAACAGGCCCCUUGCACAGACUCUUGUGGCAGAGCACCUGCCAGGGGGCUGCUGAAUUUGGCUCCCUCAGGGUGUUUUUUCAGAUUGCUCUUGUUUCAGAUCAAAAAGUAUAGUCACGUUUCCAUAGCCCUUUUUUUGUUCUUUACGCUCUAAGAACAGACAACAAUUAUAUGGAUCAGUUAUUAUACAUGGUGAAAUAGAAAAUAUUUUCAAUUAUGCAGGAAAUAUGUUACCAGCACUUCAAGACUAUUUAGAGAAAAGGGCUAGGAGAGGGUAAUUAAAGAUUAAGAAAAAAAUACUGGAUUUUCAAGAAAUCUCACUGAUUUGUUAUACAAAUUUUGAAAAAAAAAUGAAGAUGGUUUUCAUCUUUUUCUCUGGAAUUUUUAGCACUGUUGUCCUGUCUUCAAAUUCCUUAGUGAAAACAGAGCUAUUGGAUAUGACAUGGCUGGAGUACCUAUUCCAUGUCACAGAAGCACCUGUAGCUGACUUCCACAAAUCACAUGCAGCAGAAGCUGAUUAACUGAGUCACUCCCAAGUGAAUAAAAACAAAACAGAUGAUAAUUGCUGGAAUGGUAAACACAUGGCAUCAGAACUGAAAAUUCUAACCUUUUUAGAGACCAUUAUGUAAGGUCAGUAGAUGCCUGUUGUCUAGGAAAUCGAAGGCAACUCCAUCUCCUUACCGGUGUGAGUGUUGGUAGUGCAGAGCUCCAGGGGGCUGUAAAGGGGGGAUAUUCUUCCAGGCUCUCCUGGCUUAGGCUUCAGGGCUUCUGUGACCACCAGGCUGUAACUGGAAUUCCUGACAGGAGGGUUGUUCUGUGUAACAUCUUCUUUAACUGGGAAUGCUUAACACACUGUGGAGCUUGUGCAAGUAGAGUGGAAUAAAAUUUAGAGUAGAAUCUGUUGACAGAUUUGACUGGAAAAAUUCAACUGCUUCUGUUUAACUUUAUCCCUUUAAUUACAAUUCUCUGAUUUUAAAAUAUUUAAAUACACCAAAUUUUGUACCUUGUUACUUCAACAGCUGGAAAAUAAAUCACUACAUGUAAAGGGCUGAAAAGCAAGAUGAAAGACUAGGUUCUUCUUGGUUAACAAAUAUAUUAAAGCAGAUCUCUAACAAUAAUAACCACUUCAUUUUUAUCAAGGUAAAAUUUUCUAAAAUACUUAAACUUUUUUUUUGUUGAUGUUACCCAUAAUGAGGAACUGGGGUAAAAAAUUAACAUUUAUCUAUGUUUUUAUGCAUUCAUUUAAAAAGCAAUCUUGAGUUUCCUAGCGUUCUUCUCUGAGAGGUAAAGGGAUCACCACGUGACAAUUAUCAAUACACACUGCAGUUCUAGUUUUGCAAAUUCAGUCCAGCCAACUGCACCUUGUACAGAAACCUGUACAAACCUAAAAGAUGCCGAGUAAGAUAGUCCCUGACAGAGCUGAGUCCUUGGAAAGGGCUGUUUGGUUCUAAAAGAGCACUCAGCAUUUUCAGUUGUAAUCCAAGCAAAUGGGAAGGAAUGAUGGUCACACCAAAUCUUAGGAUACACUGUUACCACCAGCAGUGUAGUUUGGAAAAUGGCCUUUACCAGCUUGGUGCAAUUCCUCGUUGAUCUACGGAAGGAACGUGCCAGGCCAUACAAAGAGCCCGAACCUUUGGCUUUUUCUCUCUGGCACUUGCCCAGCAUUCAACACAGUUUAUUUACUGCUUUGUCUACUGUUUUAAAGACAGGCAAAAUGCUGGGGUUUGAAGCACCUUGCAGGUAUAUACUACUUCAUAGUUUGCAAUUUCUUCAUUCCCAAUGCAUUUAUGUUCCUUUCAGAUAGCAGCCACCACCACCAAAGAAACCAAAACCCAAAGCCAGCCUAACCCUUAAAACACCAGACCAAAACCUUCCUACCCUAUCCUUCAUUUAGCUGUUGGGUAGUUGUUAAAAGUUAUGUUUUGCUACCUGGCCAUGCCUGAAAAGCACAAAAUCAGUAGGGGUGAGGAAAGCUGCUAACUGCAGAAGUCACCCUUACCAUCUCCCAUAUGCACUUAAUCCCAUGGUCAUAAGAAAAGCUUUUGACUUUCUGAGGACAAAGAUCCAACUCUGAAGAGACUGCAAACUCUGUAAAAAAGAAAGUAACUCUCGUAAAAAAGAAAGUAACCUGGCUGACUGAAGUCCUGUCUGUCAUCUACACCUACACUCCUUUUCCUGCAGGAAGGAAAAGAUCAGAGCAACCAGAGGGAAAAGGGUACAAGGCAAAAGAUAAAGGCUGAAUAAUGACACAAGGAAAUGCAGGGCAUGGGACAAGUGCACCAGUUUGGAGGGUUGGGAGCUGGUGUUACUAAAUGAGAAAUUUCUGUUUCUAUGCCAUGGCAGAAAGACACACAACCUUGAGGGGAGCUUAAAUUAAAACGCAAAAGAAUUAAAAAUGUUUCUAAUAUCUGUGACAACAGUGAAUUGUCAUUUUAGCUGUUGCCUAAGCUCUUUCCCUUUUGCUGUGACAUAGGAAAUGUUUUAAUCAAAGUCAGUCAUUGGUAUUUGAGUAACACAAGCCAAUGUUUUGGGUUAUAGUCCUACACUGAAUGACUGUCCCCAGCUACUCUGCUCACCCAUGUGAGCACUACACUACUGCACAUUCAAUCCUCCAGAAUGUGCUCCUGCAUUCUGUGAUGAACCUGUUUUCCUCAAAUGCAGCAAGUAAAAGGCAUUUUUACUGUUUAAAUACCCCUCUGAUAGGAAACUCUGUUCAGAUAGGUUUUAUCAUGGUGAUUACCUCCAACCCUUAAUUACAUUACUUAGAACAUUGUUCUUAGUACCACAGAAAUAUUUUCAACUUUGUAUCCUUCUUUAAGUUCUCAAAAACUUUGAAAAGUAUGGUGAGAAACAAUGUAUCACACACAGGGGACAAAUCACUGCAGGAGGUAGACAGUAAAAUAAAAAGGAUGACAAGGUUUGAAAUGAGACUUGAAAUUGUAGUCUGCAUAUUUUGUAUCUUAAAGCACUUCUGAGUGCUUUAUAAAUUAAAAAAGACAUUUUUGCUGAUGAGGAUGGUGAAACACUGAAGGAGGUUGUCCAGACAGACGCUGGGUGUCCUAUCCCUGGAAACAUUCAGGAUUGGAAUGGGUGGGGCUCUGAGCAACCUGAUCCAGUUGAAGAUGUCCCUGUCUAUUGCAGGGGGAUUGGAGUAGAUGACCUUUAAAGGUGUCUUCCAACACAAACUGUUUGAUGAUUCAAUCCAUACAUCUGUCCUAGUCUGCUUAGUGACUCCCAAACAGGACUUUUUACUUUUUUCCCUGGAUUUAAAACAAAAUACUGUCUAUAUGCAAGUCCUGCCAUGGCUGCACUAAAUUAACAUUGUCAGCAAUAAAAGCAAGCCCCACACUCUUGCGCAGUUCCUGCUCUGUGGCUUUACAGAGGUCGGCUGGAGAUGAUUUAAGCAAGGCCAGCUGCUCCUGCACCUUCUGCAAAGAACAGCCCGAGCAGGAGACUGAGCCGGGUGCUGCCAUCCCCACACAGACAAGCCCCAUCUACCUCACGGCACAGUCAGGUUCUAACCUCAGUGUUUCUGGAACAGUGCACUAAAACAACAAAAAUCCCCAACAGAAUACAGCAUCUGCCGCCACCUCAUCUUGCCUCUUAUCAGCUUGUUUGCAGGGCAAGAGGAAAGUGUACUAAACUUUUUCUCAUUUUUUCCCUCUCCUACCCCCAAUUCUUUUCUGACAGCACGCUACAAGUGAAAGUCUCGGAGCCGCAGAAUUCAAUAGACAUGAACACAGAAAAUGAACAUUUGAAGUCCAUAAAGAUGUGCCUUAAUCAGCCCACUGAGUGGAAUCUGAGUUUUUCAGCAGCAUCUCUCGCCAGC